AUGUUUCGUAUCCCUGCUGCUCGUCGCAUCACCAACCUCUCCGUCGCACAGAGGCGAUACACCUCCAGCUUGAAGGAAGGUGCUGUUGCUCAGUCCAAGGGCUUCCAAGCGAAAGAAAAGGCCGUUGAGAACCAAUUCGCCCAUAAUCUUGAGAUCCAGCAGCUCGAGAAGCUGAAAGCUGAGCUCGAGGCGCAGAAGAAGAAGCUGGGUGAGAGUGAAGCUGCAUUGGAUGACCUCAUCCAGAAGGCCAACGGCAAAUCGCAAUGA